AUGUCGGGGCGCGGAGUGUGGCUGCGGACGCGGGCGCGGCUGCGGCGCUUCCCGGCGGCGCUGGCGGCCUGCGGGGACCAGGCCGCGGCCUACGGGCGGUGCGUGGCGGCGGCGGCGGCCGGGCCGGCGGAGCUGCGGCGGGACGCGUGCCUGGAGCAGUUCCAGGCGCUGCGGGAAUGCUUCGCCCGGGCGGCAAAGGCGACAGCGAAGUGACCCCGGAGCCGUCCCCGCCUGGAGAUGCCCGGGGGGAAUAAAACCCCCAAACCCAGCGGUUUGUCCUCAAAGUGACCGAAUUCCCCCGGGCCCGGAGAUGCCCACCCGCUCCCCGGCCCGGAGGAAGUGCAGCCCCGGGCUGGGUGAGGGUGACAGAUCUAUUUUUAUUUAUUAAAAGAAAAGGGGGAAAAAAAAAGAAAAAAAACA